CGAGCUGCCCCGCUACUGCGACGCGCUGCGGGACCCCGUCUCUGGCCGCAUUUACUGCGGCGGCGCCAACGCGGCCUUCGUCAAAACUUUCCGCCCCAUCGCCAGCUGUUCGCCGCACUGCCUCUGCGACCCCACACUCUGCACCAACAGCGAACUGCAGCAGCAGCAGCAACAGCAGCAGCAGCAGCACAGUAACAGCAGCAGCAGCAACAGCAGCAGCAGCAGCACGGUAACAGCAGCAGCAGCAGCAGCAGCAGCAGAGUUGCGGCGCGUGUGCUGCAGACUGCCUGAAGAUCUGCAGUUUCGCGUGGCGGUGGCGAAGACGAGACAUGCGGGCUGGGAGUUGCGAACCCUUGAGUUCAUUCCCCGCGGCGCCUUCAUCAUGCAGUACGUAGGCGAAGUCCUCCCUCGCGCAGCCAUGGACGGCCGCUCCCGCCAGGCCUCUCGCCGCGGCUUCCACAACUACUGCAUGGAGGCUGUGGGGGAGGAGCGCGACCUCAACUACGACGCUGCAGCCCCCUGCAUUGACGCUCUUUUUAUUGGAAACGCGAGUCGCUUUCUAAACCACUCCUGCAACCCGAAUGUGCGCGUGGCCACAAUCUGGCGGGGCCCCUCGCUGCCGCAGGUGGGGGUGUUUGCGCAGAAGGACAUUCCCGCGGGCUGUGCGCUGACUUACGCGUACGGGCCUGGGUAUGAAGAAAUGCUGUGUCUUUGUGGGGCCCCAAACUGCGAAGGGUUUAUUGGGGGGGGAUCGGCCGAUCCCAGCAGCGAGAAGGGCCCCACAGUUUGCGCAAAGCUGCGGCUGCAGCAGCAGCAGCAGCAGCAGCAGCAGCAGCAGCAGCUGCCUAGUCUGCAGCUGCAGCUGCAGCCGCAGAAGCUGCAGCUGCAGAAGCUGCAGCUGCAGCCCAAGGCGCCUCCUGGCGCCCAUCUAAGGGGUCCUUCGCCAGCGGCGAGGGAGGCCUAG